AUGGCGCUGGAGAUGGGGCGCUACGGUGAGACAGCUCAGAUCCAAUACCCGGGAUGGACGGUCGAGAGAUGGGUGGCCAGGCCAGGUCUACCGUCCAACGACUGCAAAAAGCAUGGCGUCGAGAAACCGCCCGACAAGUUGGUUGCCAGUGCCAGCCACAACGUUUUUGCAACGCGGACGGUUGUUCUGGCGAAGGUUGAUAUUUGGGGGCCGGGACGUGCUGUCAGCGGGAUGGCGGAAGCUAUCCGGACGCCAGGCUCAAGCUCCGAAGCACUACGGAAUGGUGAGCUCCAACAGCGCGGUACGUACCGUGUGUAA